AUGGUGAUUCAGAAAGCUUGGAAUAAUGUCAAUGCAUCUAUCAACACUACUGCAGAAAAUCUUCCUACUAACCCAUGGAACACCCAAGCACCAGUUAAAACAUUGCCCCCUAGAGCUAUUACAACCUGUAAUAUGCAUACGAAGCAGUCCAUUUCAAGACAAAUUGCAAUAAAUACCUUAGCAACCAUGCAUAGACGAUUCAGCUUGCCUGGACCAGUACAGCCUCAUUCCAGACCUAUAGCCGAGUUUCGAGCAAGUGCCAAUAAAUCAUUGGAUAUGCUUCGCCAAACCAUCCAAUCUGCUGUUUCAAGAGAGAUUGAUCAAAUUAUCAGAAAAUAUUUAGAGAAAUUUUUUGUGCCUGCUGUAAACAAUAUAAGGUUGAAUUUGGGGGAUGAAUCUGUAGGUGAAGAUCAGGUUAAAGCAGUUUGUCGAGCCAUGUUAGAUGCUACUCGUUUGUUGUAUACAACACCAUCUCGGCCAACAUCUUCAUCAAAUGAGACUGGUGAAAGCGAUACAACAGCUGAUUCGAAAUUUGCUAAGCAAUCAAAUUUUCAGUGUCCAUCACAAAGUAAGAGAAAGGAAAGUGAAAUUGAUACUCACUUGAGUUCAAUUAAUAAAAAACUGAAACAGGAACAAAUGUCUGAUAAUGCUUCAUCACCUUUGCCACCACCAGCUCUGAGGGAUCCAGAAAAGUGGAAUCCUGCUAGAUUAACCCAGGACACUCUUUUCAUAAUGGGAUCUCAUGCUCAUAAAGUUCUUGGCUUAGGUAAUGCAAGGGGGCGUUUAUACACUAGACAUGCUGAUCUUUUAAGAUACCCUGCAGAUACAGCAGAUAAAGAAUGGAUUGCUAGUCAUAAUUUAGUUAAUGCUGUUGGUGGUAAAACCUAUAUAAUGGUUUUAGAAGAUAUCGAAGAGUUGGCAACCAGUGAAGCUUAUAAACACAGUUCUCUGCCUAUGCUUGGUGAAUUAACAGGAUUUAAAGUACCACCAUUUAUGUUACGAAAAAUAAAAGCAUAUGUUUCUAAAAAGGCCCUUAUGCCAGGUGAUAUUAGUAAUGCCGAUAGCCCCCAGCCAUCCACUAGUAAUGACCAAGAAGAGAAGUACAAAGUAGAUGAUAUUAAAUUAGAGAGCCAUGACAAUUUUGAUAGUAGUGAUUUUAAUGCUAGUCAGUAUAUGACUAAUCCAGAAACAGGUAGAGAGUAUUCAGAUGUAUCAAACAUGCUCAAGGAAGAUACAGAUUUUGCUGAUAUAAAAGUAGAAGACAUGGACGACAUUAAAGUUGACAGUAUUAAAGUAGAGGAUUUAGAUGAAAUAAAAGUUAAUGGAAUCAAAGUAGAAGAUUUAGAUGUGAAUAAUAUUAAAGUUGAAAAUAUUGAUGACAUAAAUGUUGAAGAUAUUAAAGUAGAGGACAUUAAAUUAGAAAAUGAUGAGGCAUUUACCAUUUGCAAACAAUCUGAUGAUGUGCAGAAUCAUUUAGUAGAUGGUCUUCUUGAAGCUGAUAUUGAAUUUCUAAGUCGCAACUUAGGCAACAUUGAAAGUGAUUCUGAUGCACGAAAGACAAUUGAGAAAUUAACCGGUGCAAAUCCAGACACAAUAACCUUAGUUGGUGACGAAUUUGAUUUGGGUACUACACUUAAUACAGAUAAUUUCACAAGCAAUCCAAAUACAAAAUGUAUCACAGUGGCUUCAACUACCAGUGGGAUGGUACAUAGUGUUCCAGUCGCUCAUAUUGCAGCACCGCCGCGCAUCACCGGUAGCACUGUACAUUAUUAUACUAGUUCAACAAUACCACCAACUGGGCAAAGCACCAUACAUCAUUUACCACAAGCAACUGUGACCAUACAAAGCAUUCCUGGAUCUACCUCACAGAUGAUAAGAGGGUUACCCGUUAAUACCAAAACUGGAGCAAUAAGCACAGUAAUGUCACAAGGGGGUUGGAUGGCGGAGUGUGGAUGCGCGGUGGGCGUGCUCGCGGGGCGGGCGCGGGGAGCGGGCGGAACGCGCGGGGGGAGGGGGGGGGGGGGGGGAGUUGGGCGCGAGCACGUGUCGCGCGCUCACGUGGUGGUUCCGAGCGCGUCGUUCCUGGCGUCCAUCGUGCUGCGAGUA